AUGGCUAUCAUGUCAUGUAGUUCAUAUUCUCGAUCACUGGAAUUGAAAAGCGGCGCCACCACAGUCUCCGACGAAGAGGUUUUAUUAGCUUCACAUCGACCCAAAAGACGUGCUGGGAGGAAGAAGUUUCGGGAGACAAGACACCCUGUUUACAGAGGUGUUCGACAGAGGAACUCUGAUAAAUGGGUUUGUGAAGUGAGAGAGCCUAAUAAGAAAUCUAGAAUUUGGCUUGGUACUUUUCCUACUGCGGAAAUGGCUGCAAGGGCUCAUGAUGUUGCAGCAAUGACACUCAGGGGUCGAUCUGCUUGUCUCAAUUUUGCUGAUUCUUCGUGGAGGUUACGGUUGCCGGAAUCUGCUGAUGCUAAGGAUAUACAGAGAGCUGCCGCUGAAGCUGCGGAAGCGUUUAGACCUUCGGAAACUGAGGAAAUGUGUAGAAAUGAAAUGAGAGCAGAGGAGAAAGCGUUUAGACCUUCGGAAACUGAGGAAAUGUGUAGAAAUGAAAUGAGAGCAGAGGAGAAUGAGAUUGUCUUGACUUCACCAGACACUACUACUACUACUACUCCAAUUUUUUUCAUGGAUGAAGUAGAAGAAGAAGCAGAAGCAGAGUCGGCGUAUGGAAUGCCUACUAGACUUAAAGAAAUGGCAUUACUCUCUCCAACUCAUCUGGGUGGUGGCUUCCAUUGGGAUGACGUAGAAUCUGAUGCUGACAUGGCUUUAUGGAGUCACUCCUUUUAA